UUUCACUUUUGAUUCUCAAGUUGGGACGUUGUCUUUCAUUUUUGGUUACGUUUUUAAAGGCGCAUUACCCUAUAUGCAUAGAAAAUAACAUUUCACACGCUGCCUUAGUAGGCUACAUGACUUGUGGCAGGCCUACAUGCUCAAUGAAUUAAUAGGUCAACACGCUCUACGAUUAAGGAGAUUUAGCGAUCACACUGCUUUUAUGUGUGUGUAUAGGCCUAUAGAUAUACCAAAGCUAGAUCGGCAGACACACUCCAAAGCUCAGCAAUGAAGCUUUGGUGAAGGUGUAGGAAGCUUGUGGGCGCUUCGCAUCCUCCAAGCGCAUAAGUGCACCUGCAGGAGCAGGACCAUGUUAUUAUCAAGGGCCUAUACAUUCGCAACGGACCGGAGCCGUGCCCGUACCACCUGAAGAGGGCAGCAAAACGUUGUUGUAGCGUCCAGCACAUGAAUCGGAAGGGAAGAAGAAGACGACACCUGAAUCAGUCAGGAUCUCAGUUGCGCAACCAACCUAUCCGUGCCCAUGACCUUGCCUAAAGUAGUACCAUGGCUUGCGCAGUAAGGAAGACCAGUCUGUGUAUUAGAGGCAUUACACCUCUGUGUCUGAACAACUCCCUCUUGUCUCGAGGACUGGUGGAGGCGAGCAGAAAGAGAUGGGAUGGAGAACCACACAGACUCGCAACAGAGAAAAGACUUUCCGUCACAACCCACGCAACUGCUUUGGUCUCCAAGGCCGCAUCCAUGCACUGGACGAGUGAAAGAGUAGUCAGCGUUGUGUUACUGGGAAUGGCCCCCGCAGCUUACCUAUACCCGGGCGCUGUGUUGGACCUCUCCGUUGCAACAGCACUUACUCUCCAUGGUCACUGGGGGGUCGGCCAGGUAGUAACAGACUAUGUCCACGGUGACCUGAAGAUCAAGCUGGCCAAAAGCGGUCUGUUUGUCACCUCCAUGGUGACCUUUGCUGGUCUGUGCUACUUCAACUAUCAUGACGUGGGCCUCUGUAAAGCAGUGGCCAUGCUCUGGGAUCUGUAAGCAUGACUGACAGAGGAGAGAACAUUCACUGCUAGCUUGGACCAAUAUAUCCGGACCUGUGUUCAGACUCGUGGGGUGGGGGGGUGUCAGAAACAUUAAUCUAUCAAGCAUUGCACAGUCAGUCGGUGAACAAGUUUAAGAA